CCGGGUGUCAGGGCGCAGGCCCGGCGGCCCGGGGCGCCAAUGAGCGCGCGCCGCGUCCGGGCCCCCGCUGCCCUUGGCCUGGGGUGCGCGCGAGCGGCGGCGGCGGCGGCGGCGUUGGCGAGCACGAGCGCGGGCGCCCCUCGCCCCUAACGGCCCGGCGGGCAGGCAUCGUGGCUGUGUCGGAGAGGAUGGAGAGGACGUCGAAGCGGCCCUUCCGGGCCCUGGCCGCCGGGCCACCGCCGCUCCUGCUGCUGCCGCCGCUGCUGCUGCUGGCCAACCUGUUGGCCCUGACGGACACGCUGGCGGUGAUGUCGGUGGACCUCGGCAGCGAAUCCAUGAAGGUGGCGAUCGUCAAACCCGGGGUGCCCAUGGAGAUCGUCCUGAACAAGGAGUCCCGGAGGAAGACCCCCGUCACCGUGGCCCUGAAGGAGAACGAACGGUUCUUCGGAGACGGCGCGGCCAGCGUGGCCAUCAAGAACCCGAAGGUGGCCCUGCGCUACUUCCGGGACCUGCUGGGGAAGAGGGCGGACAACCCGCACGUGGCACUGUACCGCAGGCGUUUCCCCGAGCACGAGCUGGCCGCCGACCCGCGGAGGCAGACGGUGCUCUUCCGCCUCACCCCGCAGAUGCAGUUUUCUCCCGAGGAGGUCCUGGGGAUGGUGCUGAACUAUUCCCGCUCUCUGGCUGAGGAGUUUGCCGAGCAACCCAUCAAGGACGCGGUGAUCACGGUGCCAGCCUUCUUCAACCAGGCGGAGCGGCGGGCCGUACUGCAGGCCGCCCGCAUGGCCGACCUCAAGGUCCUGCAGCUCAUCAACGCCAACACCGCCACGGCCCUCAGCUACGGCGUCUUCCGCCGCAAAGACAUCAACGCCACCGCCCAGGUGCCCGACGGGGAGGGGGCGCGGGGGGCCGGCGGGAGGACGCCCCGGGGGUCCCCGGCCCCGCUGAUCCCCCACCCCUCCGCCUCCCCGCAGAACGUGAUGUUCUACGACAUGGGGGCCGGCAGCACCGUCUGCACCGUCGUCACCUACCAGACGGUGAAGACCAAGGAGGCGGGGACGCAGCCCCAGCUGCAGAUCCGCGGGGUGGGCUUCGACCGCACCCUCGGAGGGCUGGAGAUGGAGCUGCGCCUGCGGGAGCACCUGGCCGGGCUGUUCAACGAGCAGCGGCGGGCGCAGGGCGCGCCGGACGUCCGCGGCAACCCUCGGGCCAUGGCCAAGCUGCUGCGCGAGGCCAACCGGCUCAAGACCAUCCUGAGCGCCAACGCCGACCACACGGCGCAGAUCGAGGGGCUGAUGGACGACGUGGACUUCAAGGCCAAGGUGACGCGGGCCGAGCUGGAGGAUCUGUGCGCGGACCUGUUCGAGCGCGUGCCGGGGCCCGUGCGGCAGGCCCUCGGCAGCGCCGAGAUGAGCCUGGACGAGAUCGAGCAGGUGAUCCUGGUCGGGGGAGCCACCCGGGUGCCCAAGGUGCAGGAGGCUCUGCUCAAGGCCGUGGGCAAAGAGGAGCUGGGGAAGAACAUCAACGCCGACGAGGCCGCGGCCAUGGGGGCCGUGUACCAGGCGGCGGCGCUCAGCAAGGCCUUCAAGGUGAAGCCCUUCGGUGUGCGGGACGCCACCCUCUUCCCCAUCCAGGUGGAGUUCAGCCGGGAAGUGGAGGAGGAGAGCGGCGGGCGGAGCCUGAAGCACAACAGACGUCUCCUGUUCUCCCGCAUGGGCCCCUACCCCCAGCGCAAGGUCAUCACCUUCAACCGCUACAGCCACGACUUCCGCUUCAGCGUCAACUACGGCGACCUGGGCUUCCUGGGGCCGGACGACCUGCGGGCGUUCGGCUCCCCGAACCUGACCACGGUGAAGCUCAAGGGCGUCGGAGAGGCCUUCCGGAAGCACCCGGGCUACGAGUCCAAGGGCAUCAAGGCUCACUUCAACCUGGACGAGAGCGGCGUGCUGAGCCUGGACCGGGUGGAGUCGGUGUUCGAGACGACGGUGGAGGAGAAGCCCGAGGAGGAGUCCACGCUGACCAAGCUGGGCAACACCAUCUCCAGCCUGUUCGGCGGAGGCUCCGCCGCGGACGCCGGAGAGAACGCGACCGAGGCCACCCCGGAGGAGGAGGAGGGCCCGGCGGAGGGGAGCAGGGUAGAGCCCCCGAAACAAGCCGAGCGAGGGGCGCAAGGGGAGCAAGCCGAGACCCCCAAGGAGGCGGAGAAGCGGCCCCCGCCCCCGGAGCCGGCCGCCGACAAGGCCCCCGAGGGGGAGAAGGCGGCCGAGGAGGAGGCGGGAGAGGAGAAGGCGGAGGGUCGGGAGGCGCGCGAGAAGGGGGAGGGCGCGGCGGAGGGCGGGGCCCAGGCCCCCGAGGAGGAGCCGCCCAAAGCCAAGGCGCUGAAGAGACAGAAGCUGGUGGAGGAGAUCACGGCGGAGCUGGUGGUGCUGGACCUGCCGGACCCGUCCGACGACGAGCUGGCGCGCUCCCUGCGGCGGCUCCAGGACCUGACCCUCCGCGAUCUGGAGAAGCAGGAGCGGGAGAAGGCCGCCAACAGCCUGGAGGCCUUUAUCUUCGAGACCCAGGACAAGCUGUACCAGUCCGAGUACCAGGAGGUGUCCACGGAGGAGCAGCGCGAGGAGAUCUCUGUCCGGCUGCGGGCCACGUCCGCCUGGCUGGAGGACGAGGGCUUCGGGGCCAGCACCAAGGACCUGAAGGAGAAGCUGGCGGAGCUCCGCAAGCUGUGCCGGGGGCUGUUCCUGCGAGUGGACGAGCGCCGGAAGUGGCCCGAGCGGCUGGCCGCCCUCGACGGCCUCCUCAACCACUCCAGCAUCUUCCUCAAGGGUGCCCGGAUGAUCCCCGAGGUGGACCAGAUCUUCACGGAGGUGGAACUGAACACGCUGGAGCGGGUCAUCGACGAGACGGGGGCGUGGAAGAACGCGACGCUGGCGGAGCAGGCCCGGCUGGCGCCCGCCGAGAAACCGGUGCUGCUGUCGAAGGACAUCGAGGCCCGGAUGGCGGCGCUGGACCGCGAGGUGCAGUACCUGCUCAACAAGGCCAAGUUCGCCAAGCCGCGGCCCCGGGCCAAGGACAGGAACGCCACCGAGACCGAGCCGCCCCGCAACGCCAGCGCCCCCGGCCCCGAGGCCGCCCCGCCCACAGCAGGGAAGCCGGAAGCCGGGAAACCCGUCCCGGAGCCGCCCGGAGCAGGGGCCGACGCGGAGACCCCCGAGUUAGGGGAAGCCGAGCCUCCGGAGCCGCCGGGGGCAGACGAAGAGCGGAAGGAGCAGCCGGCGCCGCCCGAGGACACACGGAAGAAUGACGAGCUAUAACCUCCCCGCGGCGCCCCCCCCCUAUUUAUUGCCCACCCCGGGGGCUCUCACCCCCCCCCC